AUGGUGGAGGGAGGGUUGUGCCUGUGUGGGCUCAUCAGAUUGUUGUGCUCAUUGUUAACCCCUGCAUUUUAUCUAAGUGGAAUUUUGUCGAUCUGCUUGGUGGUACUGCUGUGCGGAAUACGGCUCUGGAUACGGCAAAGGAAAGAACAGUUGUCCUCAGCAGAGCGGCCGUUGCUGGUUGCAUUUUUUCACCCAUAUUGCAAUGCAGGUGGUGGAGGGGAGAGAGUCCUGUGGUGUGCCAUAAGAACGCUCCAGAAAAAGUACAGAAAUGUAACGUGUGUUGUUUACACUGGUGAUAGAGAUGCCACUGAAGAAGAAAUAGUAGAAGGCGCUUUCAGAAGAUUCAAUAUUAAACUAAUUCAUCCUGUGAAGUUUGUAUUUCUAGAAAAACGUUACCUUGUGGAAGCGUCUCUUUACCCUCACUUCACUUUGCUGGGACAAAGUUUAGGAUCAGUAUUUCUCGGCUGGGAAGCUCUUCUAAAGUGUGUUCCUGAUAUUUAUAUUGACUCAAUGGGUUAUGCCUUCACGCUUCCCCUCUUUAAGUAUUUAGGAGGCUGUCACGUUGGAUGCUAUGUCCAUUACCCCACUAUCAGCACCGAUAUGCUUUCUGUUGUUAGGAAUCAGGAUACCAGGUUUAACAAUGCAGCCUUCAUUACAAACAAUCCUCUUUUCAGCAAAUUGAAACUUGUCUACUACUACUACUUUGCUUUCAUGUACGGAUUGGUUGGUUCCUGCAGUGAUGUGAUCAUGGUUAAUUCUUCUUGGACCCUAAAUCACAUCCUUUCCCUCUGGAGAGCUGGGGCUUACCCUAAUAUUGUGUAUCCACCGUGUGAUGUUCAGACCUUCCUGGAUAUUCCACUGGAAGAGGAAAAGAGCACCACAGAAUAUUCAGUUGUUUCUGUCAGCCAGUUCAGGCCUGAAAAAGAUCAUCCUUUGCAAGUCAGAGCCUUUGCUAAAUUGCUGAAAGAGAAGAGGCUGGAGCAGCAGCCAUCACUGAAGCUUAUCUUAAUUGGAGGCUGUCGUAACCAGCAAGAUGAGGAGCGUGUAAAUAACCUUAAACGUCUUUGUGAAGAUCUGGGAGUUAGUAACAAUGUAACUUUCAGAAUAAACAUUCCCUUUGAGGAGCUAAAGAGACACCUGGCCGAGGCCACCAUCGGCCUGCACACCAUGUGGAACGAGCACUUUGGAAUAGGUCAGUAUCUUUCCUCAGUGUUCAGCCAUUUGUCCCAGCUGGGGACACAGCUGGGGAGGGCUUGA